AUGGCACGUGAUCGGCCAAGUCUGCACUGGCCCAAACACGGUCUCUUCGUCACGGAUUACUUCACCCGGACGCCUCGGAAGCUGAAUCCGUUCCGCUCAGUGGGCAGCAUUGAACUCUUCCACUUCCACAUUCCAGAAGACACGGUGAUCGCUGUGUGGAACCUCAUUACAUUCAAGGAGCAGGGAGGAACCUUCGGUGACAACUGUCCUGACCGCAGUGUCACAGUAUACUUCAGACCUGGUGCUCCUCCGGUUAUUAACCCCUUGAAUGCUCACUUUCCCCGAGACACAGCUGUGCCGGGCUCAUUCACUCUGACCCUCACCUGGACUCUUCCAAACAGGACCACUGGAGUGUUUAAUGUCACCAGUCCUCUCCCGGGAGACUGGUUCCUGGCUGCCCACCUACCGAAAGAUGAGGGAAAGAUCACAAUUAAGGGUCUACACGAUGAGUGCCAGUACCUCUUCCAGCCCCAGCUCAUCGUGCAGAGGGCCGUUGGCGUGCCGGUCCUGUACCCCGGAUACGUCACGGAGCAGAUGCUUCCUCCGCACAACCGCUCUGCACUCUACAAGGUCUUCAUUCCUCAGUUCACCUCGGGAUUGCGGGUUAGUCUCCUGGGUUGCCGCACCGGUGUGCGCACGGCUGACCAUUGCCCCCUCCUGCUGAGACUGCGUGCCAAAGCCCCCCCUUUGCACAAUUCUUCCUGCCAAGACUGCACCUCCUCCCCUGUGUGCCAACUCCUCCUGGCACUGCCCCUCUGGCAGCACUGGUACUAUGUGUUGGUGGAGCGGACAGGACUGGCGGGCACCGCUAUCUAUUUCCAGCUGACUACGCAGCUACAAGACUGUUCUCGGCCCGGCCUCUCCCGGGGGCCCGCCGCUCCCAGCUCCUCCCUGAACAUGCCUCAGUCUUUUGGAGCAGCGGGAGGAUUGGCUUCCUUAGAAGGCCUCCCAGCCCCCGGGGUCUCUCUGUCAUCCGGGAAUAUGUUUUGGGGUAACACCACCAUCCUCCAGCCGUCCUGUUGGCCCAUACGGCCCACCCUGAGGAACGAGCUGGACACAUUCUCGGUCCAUUUCUACAUAUUCUUCGGACCUAAUGUAUCGGUUCCACCAGACCGGCCUGCGGUGUUCAGCGUCAAUCUUCUACCCGUACUGGACAGCGGAGGGGUCUUCAACCUGGAAGUCCGUCUCAACGUUUCCUCUGUCCAAGGAGAGAACGUGACAGUCUUUGGGUGUCUGAAUCAUGGCGUCCCUCUGAUCUCCGGCGAUAACUCCUCCAUCACCUGCCAGACAGGUCAGCCUUCGGGGGGGGGAGUGCGGCUCCCUCUACGGGUGAGUCCUCCGACCCGCAUCCAAGCAACGUGUCCCCGCCUCCGUAUCCCCUACCCCCAGACCGGCACCUGGUACCUGAGCCUGCGCUCCAUGUGCGGCUCCCUCUACGGGUGGCGGCCGUGUCACAAUGUCAGCGCCGAGCUGAACCUGCGCACCUUCCUCUCGCCGUGCAUCAACGAGUGCGGGACGUACGGACAGUGCAAG